GACAGCUCAAGCCCUAGCGGCGUUCAGCCUUGUUAUGGCGUCUAAUCAAACUGAAAUGGGGUGUGAUUUCCUCUCUCUGCUGCGUUGUGCGUUGGGAUUUCCCAGAUGUUAGCCGGUUUAUUAUUUGUUUAGUUAUAGAGAUUUCAAUGUAAAUGGAGGAAGAAGAGAUUGCUGCAUGGGCAGUACCGUGCCCCGAACCAGACCGAGACAAACAGGGGGGUGUCGGAGAUAGUGGGUCUUAUUCGGCUGCCCUGCAUGACACGGAGCUUCAUAAAACAGGGUCAAAUCAAAGAGCAGCUCACGGAGACAACACUGGAUCAGGGACCUUGGGAUCGGGGAUACGUGUAUUGAAGUGCAAUAUGCAGCGGAAUGGGAGCAGCAGCUGUGUGACACGAAAGAGCCGGUUUGGAUCUCGGGAGCGGGACUGGCUGAAGGAGGAUCCUCAGAGAGGCUGUGUGUUCUUGCACGGGAGUGGUGACCCCCAGCCUCCCAGCUCCUCUGGCCCCAUCUCCUCCUCUACCUCACAGUCAGACCUGCUCCUCGUCCUGUGCACCACCCACACCACUGUUGCGGAGCUCUGUGCACAGGGCGAUAGUGACGGGCUCUACCUGCAGCAGCAUGGGGAUCUCAUCAGGAGGCUGGACCCCAGUGAGCGCCCUCUCCAGAUUGUGUAUGAUUACCUGGCAGCAAUGGGCUUUGAGGACCCACUCCGCAUACAGAGCGAAGCUGCUAACUCUGACCUCAGCUGCAUGAUGCGCUUCUACAGUGAGAAGCCUUGCAGUGCAGAUCAACUGGAGCGCAUUUUGCUGAAGGGAGUGUUUAGCGUCCGCAAGGGCAAGACACAGCUGCACAAGUGGGCAGAACGGCAGGUCAUCCUGUGUGGCACCUGCCUCAUUGUGGCCUCCGUCAAGGACAGUCUCACAGGGAAGAUGCACAUCCUGCCUCUCGUAGGGGGCAAGGUAGAGGAAGUGAAGAGAAGACAACACUGCCUCAUGUUCAGCUCAGCGGGACCUCAGGCUCAAACAUACUUUGUCAACUUUGAUUCACUGUCUGACUACCAGAGGUGGCAUCGACAGGCAUCCAAAAUGCUUCUGUUAUCACGGCUGGUUCAUGGCUUUGAUAAAACAACCAUUACAGAGACCACCUCUCUUUGUGAGAGACUCACAGCUCCCCUUGGACAAAUACAGGAUCUUCCUCUAAUUGCUGUGGUGUCUCAGACAGUGAGUGUAGUGGACCUGUCCUGUUAUAGCCUGGAGGAAGUCCCGGAGUGCCUGUUCUACAGCCAGGACGUCACACACCUCAACCUGCGGAACAACUUCAUGAGGUCUGACAGGACAGGGGGGCUUCACAGCCUCAGCAGGUUUUCUCAGAUAAAGAGCUUGAAUCUCUCCCACAAUCGCCUGGGUUCCUUUCCUGAGUCUUUGUGUGAGAUCCUCACGUUAACCGAGCUCAACCUUUCUUGCAACGGGAUUCGCUCACUUCCUACCCAGAUUGAGAAUCUGCACAGCUUACAGACGCUAUCUCUGGAUGGGAAUCACCUGAGCUUGUUACCAGAGGAGCUGGGCAGCCUGUCGCAUCUUAGUAGCCUGGGGCUUUCCUUUAACAACUUCUCUGAGAUCCCUGCUGUGCUGGAGAUGCUGAGUGCCGUCGACAGGCUGGCCAUGGCUGGGAACUGUCUCGAAAGGCUGGACCUGGGCACCCUGAGCAGAAUGAGCCACUUCAAGCACAUAGACCUCCGUUUGAAUGGGCUGCAAGAGGUUGUGAGUGGGGGGGUGGAGGCAUUGAAGCACAUCACGCACAUGGACUUGCGUGACAAUCGUCUCUCAGCGCUUGACCUCAGUGCAGCCUGCAACCUCGAGCAGUUGCACUGCCAACGCAACAGCCUGGGGGCGCUCACACUUAGCGGCUUCGCCCUCCGAGCCCUGCAUACCAGUGCCAACCAUCUGAUGACUGUAAACAUCUACCCUGUUCCCAAUCAGUUAACUCACUUGGAUCUCUCACGGAAUUUGCUGGAGUACCUGCCGGACUGGGUGUGUGACACCAGGAAAAUCGAGGUGCUGGAUGUGAGUCACAAUCUGCUCACUGAGCUCCCUGGCAGGCUCUUGAGCAGUCUGAGUCUUAGGAAACUGCUUGCGGGGCACAACCACCUCCACAGCUUGCCUAACCUCCUGGACCACAUCCCCCUGGAGGCCCUCGACCUCCAGCACAACAAGCUAGGCGAGCUCCCAGAAAGCCUUUUCUAUAAGGCCUUAAAUCUGAGGUAUUUGAACGUGUCUGCAAACUCAUUGGAGACUGUGCCACCCAGCAGCCAAUCAGAGGAGAGCCUCAGUGCCCUCCAGGAGCUCUACCUCACCAGCAACAACCUGAAUGAGCAGUGCGCCGCCCUGCUGGCUGGACACCAGAAUCUCCGGGUGCUGCACAUUGCCUAUAACCAGCUGCAAUCCUUCCCGCCCAGCAAGCUGACAAAGUUGGAGCUGCUGGAGGAGCUGAACCUUAGUGGGAAUAAGCUAAAGACAAUCCCCUCCACUGUGGCCAACUGCAAGAGACUGCACACCCUGAUCGCUCACUCCAACCACAUCAACGUCUUCCCAGAGAUACUCAACCUGCCAGAGAUCAAGUUGGUGGAUCUGAGCUUUAAUGAGCUGACAGAGAUUCUCUUGCCUGAUUCGCUGCCCCCAACCCUCCAAGAACUGGACCUGAGUGGGAACACCAACCUCAUCCUGGAGCACAAGACCCUCAACAUUAUUAGCCAUAUUGCCACUCUAAAACUGGACCAGAAGCCAGUGAUGUCGGCAGGAGAAUCCAUGGGCUCCUCAACACUUUGGAACCAUGGAUACUCUGAAAUGACGGGACAGAGGAACAAGCUGUGUGUGUCUGUGCUGGCAGUGGACAGUUUCGGGGACAAUGUGGAGGCAGCCUAUGGGAUCUUCGAUGGCGAUCGCAAUGAGGAGGUCCCGCGUCUGCUGCAGUGCACCAUGGGAGAUGUGCUGUCAGAGGAGAUCCAGCACUCUAGCAUUGACACCGUCUAUAUGAGCAACACCUUCCUCAGCUCACAUCGGAAAUUGGGAAUGGCUGGUCAAAAGCUGGGGGCCUCAGCCCUGCUCUGCUAUAUCCAACAUGAUCCUGGUGACCCAGGCAGCUAUUUCAGCCUGACCUUGGCCAAUGUGGGCACGUGUCAGGCUGUGCUAUGCCGGGAUGGGCAACCCCUACCACUCUCCAGGGUCUUCAGCCUAGAGCAAAGUGCCGAGGAGACAGAGCGGGUCAAACUGAGCAAGGCCAUCAUUACAGAGGACAACAAGGUGAGCGGAGUGACGUGUUGCUCCCGUCUGCUGGGCUGCUCCUACUUGUCUCCCUGGGUUCUCCCUAAACCCUGGGUGCGGACCGAGCCCCUCUGUGCCCAGGAUGAGUUCCUGAUUCUGGGGAACCGGGCCCUGUUUGAGUGGGUCUCCUACCAAGAGGCUGUGUGCACCGUGCAGGCGGUCCGAGACCCGCGGGCUGCUGCUAAAAAGCUGUGCACCCUGGCCCAGAGCUAUGGAUGCCGGGACAAUGUGGGCGCUGUUGUGGUGUCCCUUCAUAUUGGGGAGGACAGCUGCACCUGUGAGCUCCCCCUGGCUACUGCAGCGGGCGGAGGAGGAGGGAGGAUCUGCCCCACUGCUGUGCCCCUGGGGGAUCCUGCAACCCCUUCCACUAGCAGCGGCAUAGCGUCAGAGUUCAACAGUGAAAUGUCUGCCUCAGAGGUAGGGAGUGAGGCCGGGUCAAUCGCUUCUGACGAAAACCCCGCUGCUGGACUAGCCUCCAGACCAGAGCGCCGAUGCAGCCUCCAUCCGACAGUUUGUGCAAUUGGAGGAUUUGGAGGCGGAGGCAACAAUCUGGGGCUGUUUCAGAGACAGCCUUCCUGCGCCACCUUCUCCAGUAACCAGUCAGACAACGGGCUGGACAGUGACGACGAGGCCCCACUAGAUGGCGUCAUUUCCAACGGGAGCAAGCUGGAAGUGGAGGUGGAUAUCCACUGCUGUGCGUUCCGGCUGAAGGGCGGGGCGCCUGAGGGGAAUGGGGGGCAGGAUACUGUAGAGGAGCGGCGCGGGUUCGCACUCCGGCUCUCGGAUGACAUAGGCAGCUGCGUCACAGCAGGGUUCGGGUGCAGGAUGCGGCGUCAAAACAGUGUGGUGGUGGCUGCUAAUGGCUGCCUCCACUCUGUGAGCAGUAAAGAGGCUUCAGAUCUUAAAAAGUCCCCGUCCACCUCCAGUCUGUUUGCGAAGAAGCUGUCUAACGGCUCAGUGGUCACGGUAGAGGAGAGCCACAACCUCAUUGAAGUGGCCCUGGAGGCCCCCAAGAAGAAGAGAGGCUACUUUGCUGCCCCUGCCCAGCAGGACCCCGAGGACCAAUUGGUGGUGCCGCCUGGUUUGGAACGGGAUGUUCAGGAGCAGCUGAGAUAUCCCAAUCCAAACCCUGACCUCUCACCCCCUCAACCAGCUCCCACCACGGGAGACCUAGACUGGGAUCAUACCCAUCUAAAUAGCCAACAGCACCAGCUGCAGCAGCCUUGGGAUGACAGUGCCCUUGCACUACAGCAGGAGGUGUAUGAUACUGCACUAUAGAGGGCAGCCAAACACACGCUGAAAGAGACACUCAAUGCGAGGCAGUUCUGCCGUUCUACCGUGUAUCAUUCCAGUCCAGGUUUUUGUUGCAAUCGGAUUUUUGUUGUCAGUGCUUCCAGUGCUAUGGAUUUUGGUAAAAAAUUAAGGACAGGGGCCAAGAUCAGAACGAGCACUAUUGCAAAGGUGAUAAAUGUGUCCGAUUUUCCAUGUUUCCUGAUGGAGAAAGUGUGCCACAGUUAAAAUGGUGUAAGAUGUGAGUGAUAUUUUGCGUUCUAGAAUUUAGUGCAGAUUGAAAACGAAUAUUUGUGGCUGGGUUCAAAUAAAAUCUGCGCUGGAAUGGUCCCCUGGUGAUAGAUUUGGCCAUCCUUUCCAUGAAUGUCACUUCACUUGCAAAGAUGGAAGAAGAGUAUAGGAGGGUUAUCUUUGUACAAUAAAGUACUAAGCCAUUCCUACCAAGUUAUCAAAGUGGACCAAGGCAGAAGAAAAGCCCAGGCUACAGCAAGACUGGGAAAAGACCAAUGCAUUUACUGAACUCUGGGGUGAAGAGCUUUACUCCGCUAUUUGAAUCAUAGCGCUAGAAACCCUUUAAUAUUCAAAUAAAAAUAGAGGUCAUACUUUGCCAACUUUUAACUGGAGAUGUAUUCGUUCGAGAAAAUAAAUCUUAAAGCAUAGAAAUCUUAAUAUAUUCAAUUCAUAACUAAGUAUAUUUUUACCUACUGAUGCAAGAAAGGUGUGUGUUAGUACUAUAUGUAAAUUGUGACAAGGGUACGUAUUAAGAAAAAAAAACAUUCUAAGAUGUACACAUUUCAUAUAGAUUAGUUCAAUUCUUUGGGAAUUAUCAUUUGAAGUCGGGAGGAUGGAGGGAAUGUGCCACAUUUACUGUAAGGUACUGUGAAAAAAGUAGACAAAACCCAAACCGUUUUAUUUUUUGCUGUAUACAUAUACAGUACACCAAGGGCAUAGUUUUUCGUAACUGGUAAUCUGGAUCAAAGUUAUCCGGAUUUUGUAAUCCGGAUAUUUCUUUUAAAAAAGCAAAUUUUGUAAUCCUGUUUAUUUGUAAUCUUAAUACAACAGUGACAAUUUCUGAAAAGCCGGAUCAAAACGAUGCAGAUAAAAGUAAUCUAGAUUGCAAAAAAUGGAGGAUUCCAAAGUUCGGAUCACUUUGAUCCAAGUUUUGAAAAACCGGUCCAGGGGUGUGUGGAAACGAAUUAAAUAAAUAAAUAAAUAAAUAAAUGCAGACCUUUUUAAUGCAAACAUAAAACUGAGCAACCGUGACAUCUGCUGGCAAAAUGGAUGUAUCGCUGAGAUUGCUGGGUUUCUUUUUUUCCUUGAUAGUGAUGUUCUACGUAGAUCUUAAAGUGAAAGUUCACAUACCCUUGUUAUUAUCAGAUUAAGAAUUUUUUUUUUUUUUCUGUGACAGCGUAAAUAAUUGGAUUUUAAAAGUGCAGCGUUCCAGAGGGUUUUAAAAAUAAUUGUAAAUAUUGAAUGUAGUGAUGCUGGUACACUUAGAACUGAGGACUAGUAGACCAUCUGAAAUACUGGUCUGUGUUGGAAAUAGUUCCAAGAGCACGAUUGUGGGACACUGCAGUUUUAAAAGAGAGGGCUGGAUCCCUGAUAAAUUGUCAUAGCCAGAUUUACUACCAUCCAUAUAUGGUUAGUGUAAACCCCGUUAUCACUGUGGCCUCUCUUCUAGCUUUUUUUGUCAGUCACCCCCAGCCCCCCAAGACGUUCUAGCCAUACAUUCUAGCAAUGUAAGACAAACGGUACAAGCGUUGUAUAGUUUUUUGCACAAUUUAAAGUGUACAUGUGCUAUCCCAUUUAAUCAUACCAAAAAGAUUACAUGCAUUCAUGCUAUCUGCAAAUCAAUAUCCUAAAUUGAAUGGUGAAACAAGAUUGUGGGACACUGCAGUUUUAAAAGAGAGGGCUGGAUCCCUGAUAAAUUGUCAUAGCCAGAUUUACUAACAUCCAUAUAUGGUUAGUGUAAACCCCGUUAUCACUGUGGCCUCUCUUCUAGCUUUUUUUGUCAGUCACCCCCAGCCCCCCAAGACGUUCUAGCCAUACAUUCUAGCAAUGUAAGACAAACGGUACAAGCGUUGUAUAGUUUUUUGCACAAUUUAAAGUAUUUAAAGUGAUUAAAUGGCUAAAUUAACUACAACAUGUACGGCACUGAAAAUAAAGGUGGCUUACAGUAUAUUCAAUAACCGUUUCUAAGUCUGUGUGGUGAUAGCAAAAUCUUUUUGUUGGGCACAAUGAAAUAUCUCUCUCAACUCUUGCAUGAUUCCGCUGAGAUAGUAUCUGCAAAUUCAACAUAAUGUCGGGCAUAUUAAAAAAAACAUUGUUAAACUGUAAUGUGAUGCAAUAGUCACAGCCAUUACUGCAAUUGUGUGUGAAGAGUAACACGUGAUCUGCAUAUAUAGGCUGCCGUUCAUAGAGCUCACUGACACUUGAGUUUGAGACGAUCUGAAAUUGUUUUAACAGUCUAUUCAUAAAUCCUACUGAGUAGGGUUUAUUAUUUAUUUAUAUAUCUGAUAGAAAAUUUGAAACGGAUAAUACGCAUGAUAAGGUGUAAUCAUCAAAUCUCUUGAUUUCUAUCAAAUCUCCUAUAUCUGUCACACUUUGGAGGUAAUCAGUAACCUGCUCAGAUCAAUGUUCAUUGCUUGUUCUCGUGAACUAUUAUCGGCACACAAAAAUAAGAAGGUGUUAAUAUCAAAACUAAAGUGUUUACAUUUACAUUACAUUUUUUUAACAUUAUCAUCAUUAUGUAUAGGUUAUAAAAGAACAUUGCUGUUAUUCUAGUCUCAUAGCGUUUGAUUAACAACAGCCUAAGAGUGUGGAUUUGAAUGUGGGUUUAGUCUCGAACACCUCUCUAUACUGUGAUAUAGUGAACAAUUUGGAAUACAUAAUUGAGGACAGCGAUUUUAUUUUUGUUAUUGCAUGAGAGGAUCAAACACUGUCGAAGCACUUUGUAUAUAUUU